AUGGUAAAUGAUGCAGUCAAGAAAAAGUACAGAAGAAUGCAGGCUCAGCUCCACAAGAACCUUGCCUCUCAGUCUGACGACCAAUGGUAUGGAGACAUGACUCUGUUCAAUGGCACUUUCAUCAAGCUUUGGAAUGGCACCAUCAGAAUGCUUCUUGGAGAUUUUUAUCAAUACUAUGAUCCCGAUGAUGGAUGAGAAAGCCAAGAGCUCAAAGAACUCAUACAAAAAGCACACAACGACUACCUUGAACGCUUCAUGAGAUUGGCCAUAGCUUUGCAGUAUAUCCUCAUCGUGACAUUAUGAAUUGGCGCGAUAAAUGCUGAUUGGAGUAAACCUACUUUUAUUUCGAAAGUUAUAACCACGGCUAUAACAACAGUGAUCAUUCAUGCUGUAAAUCACUUUAAGUCAAGAGUCCCUUUCUUACUUGACUCGAUGUUUCCAAUAAUGAUGUUCAUCAAUGGAGUACUUAUCACUUUUGAGAACUGUCUCCUCCCAGAAUAUCGAUUUUAUGAAAUGUGGAUAAUCUGGUACUUUAAAAUAUUCUGACUAAGCGUAGUUUAUUCACUUAAAUGACACUAUAUAAUCAUUUCCUAUGUCUCAGUGCAAGUGAUAUGAUUAGUCUCGAUUCAUUACUGAUUUGACGGCAUUGAUCCCUUCAUUACUGGAAUGAUCAUAUUCGGCAUCAUCUGAUACUGAAUGAUCAGCCUUACUAUCUCAAGUGUGUUCCAUAAUCAACUAAGGUUGGUAAAUAAAAAUAAAAGUCUUGUCGGUACAAUUCAGAACAUCCUUGAAGUGAUGCCGUAUGGUGUUUUAAUCAACUCAGGCCCAUCUGAAAGAAAGCCUGUUAUCAAGUAUGCUAACGAUGAGAUAGAGAAACAGUUAUUUCAAAAAGACAGCAUAGAUAACAAGCCAGUCAACAUUCUUACUCUAAAAUGUAGAGCUCCUGAUAUUUGACACAACACAUGUUUUAAAGAGGAGUUGAAAUAUCAAUCUGAUUCAGAGUCUGACACUCAAGUUAUAAAGAUCAGUGAGAUUUUAUCAAAAAUUCAAGGUAAAAUAGACACCCAUUCAAGAAUGGUCAAGACCGAAAUUGAAGUUCAAAGCUGAGAUAAUCAUGAACUGGAGCUUACUGAGGACUACUCCUACGUCAUCAAAUCAAUUCCUGUAAUCUGGGACAAAUAAGGAAUCAUACUUGCACCUGAUGUGUGACAUUACCAGUUUAAAACAGCUCGAAAGUGCAAAAGCAACCAACAAGUGAAUGCAUAUCAUGUUUUCAAGUGUCAGCCAUGAAUUCAGAACUCCUCUAAAUUCCUUUAGAAAUAUCCUUGAGUUGUUUAAAGCUAGUUUUGAGAAUAUGAAGGAGAUUAUAUCAUCACAUCCUCUUCCUUCAUUUGAUCAGCUACAAAUCAACUCUCUCUUUCUCAACUGUCAAAAAUACUUCAACAUUGGAAAUAUCUCAGCUAAAAUUCUUGAAAACUUAGUUGAAGAUGUCCUGGACUUUGCCAAGAUAGAAGCGGGAACUUUCAGACUAAACCCAAAAGCCUUCACUAUCCAUGACCUUUGUGAGGAAGUUUCCUACCUCUUCCAGAAUCAAUGCCAGAGAAAAGGUAUUGACUUCAGAGUCAACUGAGCCCAAUCGCUUAGGCAGCAGGUGUUUUAUAGCGAUAGCUCAAGGAUUAGACAGGCUCUCCUCAAUCUCAUCUCUAAUUCAAUGAAAUUUACACAGAAAGGAUUCAUCCAAGUCACUAUUUUCAGAGAUGACCAAGGUCUUGAGAGGUAUCUCAAGUUCAUAGUCGAGGAUACAGGUGUUGGAAUUUCUGAGGAAGAUCAAAAAUCUCUUUUCAAGCUCUUUGGAACUGUCCAAAAAUAUAGAAAUGGUAUCAACCUCAAAGGAACUGGUCUUGGACUUACUAUCACACAGAAGUUGGUAAAUCUUCUUGGAGGUGUUAUUUUAUUGUCAUCAAAAGAACAUAAAGGGACAAUAAUUGAGUUUACAAUCAAAGAGUUUGACCCUGAAGAUUGCGAGUCACCCCAAAAUGUAAAUAUCCUUGACCCAAAUACCGAAGUUCAUCACUCCAUAAAAAAACCCUCUCUUAUAAAAAUGCCUAAAGAAAUCAAGGAAGAGUCUAAAGAUCAUCAGGUACCGAAAAUCCUGACCAACAUAAUAUACCCAACAGAUGGAUGCAUCAGCCCUCGGCUUCUAAACGAGAAAUCCUUAACCAAUGGAUGGGUAUCAAGAGUUCCUGAUUUUAAACCUCAGGAAUGAGACUUAAAAAGAGUAAUGGGCCACUAGCCAUUUUAUAAAUUUCUAUAUCCA